AUGCAUUUGAAUAUCGCAGCAUUUCAUAUAUCGAUGAUACCUGCUCGGUGGUAUAAAAACUCAUAUAAAAAUUAUAUAGUAUCAGAAGAGAAUAUUGUAUUUAGCUAUAAAAAAGAUAUGCAUGAAUUAAAUCAAAAUAGUAUAACAAUUUUAUCUAUACACAAGCCAGCUAUCAUGCCAAUUAUUGUUUCUAUUAUGAAAAAUACCAUUUACAAAAGACAACAAUAUGGGCAAAUCUGGGAACUUGCAUCACAAAGUAAUGCUAUAGACCAAACAAUAAAAACUCCAGCUGAUGAUCUUGAUGAGUUAAGUUUAUCUAAAAUGGAUGAAACAGAAGAAUCUGAUAAUGAUACAGUCAAAUCUGUUAUCUUGAACCUUGCUAAUAUUAAAAAUCCUUCUUAUAUUGUUAAUAAAAGAAGACCCUUGAAGCGAAAAUACCAAAGUAGCAUUGAGCAAGAGCAAAAACAGCAAAAACAGAGUGGGAACUCAAUUUACAGAUCUUAUAAACGUCAUUUGUGUAGUCAAACUGGCCAUAAUUCCACAUUUCAUAAAGAUAAAUCAAGAAAUAAUCAAACUGAAACACAUAGUAGCUGA